ACUGUUAUAGGCAAUUGUGCCCCAGGUGUUUACACAUGGACAGACCAGAGCAGCUGCACCCAGCAGGUUUACAGAGAGAGAGAGAGACUCGUACGGGACCUGCUGCUUGUAAAGUAAAGCGACUCCUCUGAUUGAAUACCAGGCGUGCGCACUUUACGCGCGGCACUCCAGUGUGGAGGCUACGGGGGAGUGACACAAGGACAACAACAUGUGGACUGACUAAUCUGCCUGGAUCCAUAACAAGAGGAACUUAUCUGCACAUCCAUAAAUAUAAUAUACAGCCAUGCUGAUGUUCAGAAAAUCACAGCAUUAAGGAAUAUCUAGAAAAUCACCUACCAAAGCAUCCAUCGGACAUUGUUAUCGAACUCAUAAGUAAUUUUAGAGACAAAACAGCUCAGUAGUGCAUGUAGCCUAUAAUAACGAUUCAGGUAAUGAUUUUAGACACAUAGACAGCACAUAAUAAAUCACUGACUAUAUGAAAGAGCUAUAAAGACUAAGUGCAGCUGGACUAUAUACAGAGCGCACACUGUAAAAGUGUCUUAGUUGAGGUCAUCCACUCAAACAAUGAAGCGACUGAAACAAAGAUGUCUGCUGCUGCUGAAGCUCACUGCUGUACUGGCAUCACUAUGGAUGAUUUCCAUGCUCAGUCACCCCAAAAUAGGCUGGCACCCGACCUACAUUCUCAGGUACAGCUGGUUGGAGUAUGAAGAUGCUGAUGGCAGUCCAGAGAGCGUGUGCGACUGUUCAGCAAUCCUGCAGGGAGACAUGGAGGCAGUGGAGCAGGCCAAGUUACUGACCAUCACUAAAGACUUCAAGAAGAGUGUUCAGAUCCCCGAUGAGUAUUAUAUCCAUGCAACCAAAGACUGCGGGAAUUUCAAGUCAAGCAGGAAAUACCUGACUUUUCCGUUAAGCCAGGAAGAAGAGGAAUUCCCUUUGGCUUACUCCAUGGUUGUGCAUCAUAAGGUGCAGAACUUUGAGCGACUGCUGCGAGCCAUCUACGCCCCUCAAAAUAUCUACUGCGUCCACAUGGACAAUAAAUCAGAGCCUUCGGUUGUCUCUGCCAUCAGAGGCAUUACUUCCUGCUUCCCCAAUGUCUUCAUGGUCAGCCAGGCUGUGAAUGUAGUCUAUGCUGCCUGGCCACGAGUGCAGGCUGAUCUCAACUGUAUGACUGACCUCUAUAACGCCUCAACCAGAUGGAAGUACUUCAUCAACCUUUGUGGCCAAGAUUUCCCACUGAAAACCAACUUGGAGAUAGUACAGGCGCUGCGUUCAUUGAAGGGCAGUAACAGCUUGGAGUCAGAAAAAAUGCCUCCAGAAAAGAAGUGGAGGGUGUCCAAUGCUCACCAGAUAGUUGAUGGGCAAAUCCAGGCAGCAGGAAGGGCGAAGAUGCCACCCCCCUUCAACCUGCCCAUUGUGUCAGGAAAUGCCUACAUUGUGGUUAACCGAGGCUACAUCCGAAGCGUACUGGAGGACAACCGAAUACAAGCACUGAUCGAGUGGGCCAAAGACACCUACAGUCCUGAUGAGUUUCUCUGGGCGACCAUUCAGCGAAUGCCUGGCGUACCUGGAUCACUGUGGCCCAACCCCAAGUAUGACAUGACAGACAUCAACGCAAUUGCACGGCUGGUGAAGUGGCAGUGGCAUGAGGGUCCACUGGGUUCAAUGCAGGCUGUGUAUCCAGAAUGUCACGGCACACAUGUGCGGGCAAUUUGUGUGUAUGGUGCUGGAGACCUGCAGUGGAUGCUUAAUCAGCAUCACCUCUUUGCCAAUAAGUUUGACACAGACAUAGAUCCCAUUGCUAUCUACUGCUUGGAGAAGUAUCUGAGACAGAAAGCACUCGCUGAGUUACAUUAGGUGUGUUGGUCAUUCCUCUGGCAACAAAGAAUGACUCAAAGCCAAAUUUGACUGUCUUACAACUAUGAGAGCUAUUGGAACCAUCUUUUGUUACAGGUAAUUAAAUGAUGUUUAUAUUUAAAAUUGUUUACAUUUGCAAUGUGUCUUUAUGUAGGAAUGACUUCAAAACAACAUUGUAUGGCAAAAACUGCCCCUCACUUACAGUCACCAUGCAGCGUGACAGAGCCUGAGCCAGGCUAGGACUGGCCAUCUGGCAAUUCUGGCAAAUGCCAGAUGGGCCGGCCCGCCUUGCAGGCGGAAAGGCCCCCACCUGUCAUGCUGGGAAAAAAAACACAGAAGGAAUAAAAAAGAAAGACCUGCUGAUGCUGCAAAGUGUUUCUAAGAUUAGCAGCAGUGAUAACAAUAAUAACAGUAUGCCAGCAGCACCGAGUUAAGAGGAGGAAAGAAUAACAUGGACAGAUGAGCAGCAGUAAAUUGCUACCACUGGAGUAACAUUACAGGCCAGUAGCGAGUGCCUGUCCACUGUCCAAAGUUUUAAGCUGAUAUAAACUGUUCUACAUAGACUGUGGACAAAUUGCUGCUGCAAAAAGAUUCUAGCAGUUGACCCUGUGCUUUUAUAUGGUAUUAAUCUGUAUUAAUUUUGACAUUACAUAUAUAGGUGUCACUGUGAUUCAGUGUUAUAAA